AUGGAGAACCUAACAUUCAAACACCAUAUUCUUCUUGUGGAGGGGCUAAAAGUCACAGACCAGUCAGCCUAUCCAGCUUUCAUUCUUCUCUUUCUGGCAUAUGUUUUCACCAUGAUAUCUAACAUUGGACUUAUCGUGAUCAUCUCAAUGGAGGAGAGUCUCCAUCAGCCCAUGCACAUCCUCUUUUGCAACUUACCUGUGAAUGACGCACUGGGCACCACUGUCAUUGUGCCACGUUUACUGAAUGACAUUUUCAGAGAAACCUCAGACAGAUAUAUAACAUAUGUUGAAUGUGUGAUUCAGGCUUACUUUGCUCACUUGUUUGGAACUACAUCUCACACUAUAUUAAUGAUCAUGGCCUUUGACAGAUACGUGGCCAUAUGUAACCCUUUACGGUACUCGACAAUCAUGACCAGCAAAACAGUGAUUAAACUGUCUGCUUCGGCGUGGGGAGUGGCAUUUGUUUUGGUGGGAAUUUUACUGGGCCUCACUGUACGUUUGUCGCACUGUAGAUCAACCAUCCUAAAUCCCUUUUGUGACAAUGCAUCAUUAUUUAAACUGUCUUGUGAAGACGUGGUUAUCAAUAAUGUGUAUGGGCUAACUUUCACAGUGAUACUGCUAGGUUCUUCUAUCGGAAGCGUGACUCUCACUUACCUAAAAAUAACUUUGGCGUGUUUAACAAGUAAAAACAAGGUGUUGAACAGCAGGGCCUUAAAAACAUGCAGCACACAUUUGAUUCUCUAUAUAAUCAUGCUGACGUGUGGAUUCACUAUAGUUUUUCUUCACCGGUUUCCUCAGUAUUCUGAUGAAAGAAAACUAUCUAGUAUCAUGUUCCAUGUUGUGCCACCUUUUUUGAACCCCAUAAUAUAUGGUUUGCAAACCAAAGAAAUAAGACAAAAGUUUACCCAUGUUUUUCAUAGAAAUAAAAUUACAGUAUAA